AUGUCUAAACAGUGGACAGUUGAUCCGGCAACUCGUCGGAAAUUGCUGACGCUUCAGAAACAAGGGUCCAAUAAGAGAUGCUUUGAUUGUAACUCACCAAAUCCACAAUGGGCCUCACCUAAAUUUGGAAUUUUCAUAUGCUUAGAAUGCGCCGGUGUUCACAGAGGACUAGGUGUUCAUAUCUCCUUUGUUAGAUCGAUCACUAUGGAUCAGUUUAAGCCUAAGGAGUUGGAAAGAAUGGAAAAAGGUGGAAAUGAUAGAUGUAAGGAGUACUUUGAGUCUCACGGCGUGGACCUCAGUUUACCAGCCAAGCAGAAGUAUGAUAACUAUGUUGCUGAGGAUUACAAGAAAAAGUUAACGGCUCUUGUGGAGGGCACGGAAUUUGUUGAAGAAGAUCAUUCUGGUGAGUCUUUGCUUAAAUCUGACAAUAAUAGCAAUAGGAAUGCUUCUAAUAUGAGUGCCAAUAUGGGCUCUGGCGUAGAUGUGGAUGAAAAGCAGCAGAAUGAGGCCUAUUUUGCUCGUCUUGGUUCUCUGAAUUCUUCUAGACCAGGCGAUUUACCACCUUCAAAGGGUGGGAAGUAUCAGGGAUUCGGCUCCGGUGGAUCCAUCUCCAACAAUUCUACUGAUGGCCAAAGGGGUGGCUCUCUAACGAAGUUCACACUGGAUGCCUUCCAAAAGGAUCCUAUAGGUACAUUUUCGAGAGGCUGGGGUUUAUUCUCUACUACUGUGGCCAAUUCUGUUAAAGAGGUGAAUGAAACGGUUAUUCAACCAGGUGUCAAGCAAUUGGCCGAGAAGGAUUAUACCGUGCAAGCUAAAAGAGCUAUGGAACAGUUUGGACAAAAAGUUCAGGAGACUGGUGCUACUUUACAACAACAGUUGGAAGGUACGCAAGAUUCGCAGUCUAAGUUCACCCGUUUGUUUGAUGAUUUAUCCUCCAAUCAGGAUGGUUUGGCUGAAGACGUGGAUACUGAUGACUCCAUACAGCCAGCCUUUGGUCUUGAAAGACCCACACAGAAGACCAGUUUACCCGGAUUAGGAAGCAAUCCUAACUCCAAGAAGGAUGAUUGGGAUGAUAGUUGGGACGCAUUUUAG